AAGUACAUAUUAUGAAUAUAACUAGGUGGAAGUACAGCUGAGCACACUCAUCUUACUCUUCUCUCUUUGAACACUUCUUGAGUUAUUCCAAUGAAGUGCAAGUUCUGGUUAUUAACUUCUUCUCCAAUCUAAGAUUCUUAUGACUUCCUUUGCGGGUCGUCUCUCAAAGACAUUGAAUUAUUCCAAUGGCAAGCGCGAAGUUGUGCAUAACUUCCGAGUCUCUGCCUUUGAGAUGGUUGAAACGAAUUGACAUUUCCCUGCAAUUACCCCUGUUUCAUUCUGCUAUUUAUCAUAUCACCUACUGUGGGUAAGAAAGCAGUUUCACAAUGGAGGAUACUGGUCUUGAAGUUUGGCUUGAAAGGGAGUGUGUUCAUUUAUAAGGGUUUGCGCGGUUCUGAUUGUAAGAGACUCUAACAAUUUGUGAAUAGGUUGUUGCCGAUCAUCAGAGAGAUAUGUGAAUCGAGUUCGGAAUCGUCAUCGAAUUUAUCACUGCGAAAGUUCCAAGAAUUCCGCGACAAUCUUGACGAGGUGAAUAAGCUGGUAGUAGACCACAAAACAAGACGCAAUCCCGUUUGGAAAAUCUAGAUCAACGAACGAGUUAAGAAGCUGGAGAAGUCUAUUAACGAAUUCAUUCAAAAUGACUUCCAGGGCAGGAUCAUCUCUCCACCCAACUGGGAAUUGUGCGUGCCCUUCAAGAUGAUAUGCUCAAUGCGCAAGUUCAUCUCUUCGCCCAACUGGAAAUUGUGAGUGAUGAAAUGGGAACUGUGCGUGAUCGGGUGGAAGUUGUGCAUAAAGCAGUUGUAACCCUGCGUGAAGCGGUGGAAACCGCGGCGCAAAGUAUGGGCAAAGCGGUGGAAACCGGGGCGCAAAGUAUGGGCAAAGCGGUGGAAAAUGGGGCACAAACCCUGGUGGAAACUGUGCAUCAAGAAUUAGAGAAUUUCAUGACCAAAUUUGAGGAGCAACAAAUUCAGAGAUCACGGCAGGAUGAAAACCUCUGCAUAACCCUUGAUUUCUGCAGCCCCCCUGAUACACCAAGCGGGUUCCUGGAUUUCGAUAAACACAUAAUGGAAUUGAAGAAGAUUUUGUUGGAGGAUGGAGUGAAUGUGGUUGGAUUUUACAGCCAUGGUUGGUGCUGGAAAAUCCACACUUGCAGCGGCCGUCUGUAAGGACAAUGAAAUCAGAGAGUACUUUCAGGAGAGAGUAAUAUACAUCGAGGUUUCGGAAAGCCCAGAUCUCCUAACUAUAUUGAAGACCAUGUGGAAAAAUAUUCUUGAUGGGACGGCACCUGAUUUUACAAAUGUUCCAAAGGCACAUAAAGAAUUGCAAUCGCAAAUAAAGUCAAGAAAUCAACCAAUUUUGGUGGUAUUGGAUGACUUGUGGUCGACGCUCCACCUGCAAAACCUGCUAUUUGAAGAGACUCAAUAUAAGACUCUAGUAACCACCAGAGAUAGAGAAGUCAUCACAAAAGGGCCGAACACACGCAUUUAUGAGCUACCGUUGUUACAACAGGAGCAUGCUCUGUCACUUUUCUGCCACUAUGCCUUUGACAAACCUUCCAUUCCAAUUGGUCGUGAUAAAGAACUGGUCGAAAAUGUGCAACAACAGUGUAAUGGUCUGCCACUAGCUCUUAAAGUAAUCGGUAGCUCUCUCUAUGGUAAAUCUGACUGUGAUUGGGAACAAGCUGAGAAAAGGCUUUCAGCCGGAGGACCUUUUAACGAUGAUCACAAACAGAGCCUUCUUAAUAAAUUGAAAACAAGCAUUGUUGUGUUGGACGACCAUGAAAGAGAGUGCUUCUUGGACCUGGGUGCAUUCCCACAAAGAAAAAUGAUUCCUGCAAAGGCAUUGCUAGACAUCUGGGUUUAUGUUCGUGAAAUGAAGUCGGCCCAAGCCAAGAUGCUUUUAGGGAAGUUUGCAGAUCGCCAUCUAUUGGAAUUGAAGAAGAAUACCGGGACCUCAGAGACUACAGAUGACAGCAUGGAUGGAUAUUCUGUUUCCCAACAUGAUGUAAUGAGAGAUUUGGCCCUGUUUUUGGUGAAUCAGGACAUUAGUAUUCAUCGUAGGAGACUAUAUAUGCCUAAAAUGAAAAAUCAGUUGCCCUCAGAGUUGGACGAUUUUUCAUCUAAAGCCCAUAUUGUUUCCAUUCACACGGGGGCAAUGGAGGACUCACAAUGGCCCAAAAUGGAGUUCCCUAAGGCGAAAGCUUUGGUUUUAUGUUUCACUGCAAGUGAAUAUUGCAUUCCAACAUUUUUGCACACAAUGAAAAAUCUCAGGGUUCUGAUAAUCCAUAAUACUGAUGGAGCAAAACGAAGCAAGCUCAGCGGAGUGGCUGGUUUUGAACAACUUUCUCAACUUAAAUCUCUGCAUCUUGAAAGGCUGAUAGUUCCCGAGGAAUGUAAGGUCUCGAAGAGUUUGGAGAAAAUAUAUAUGAGUCUAUGUGAGGGCCUUGAUAGGGAUAAAACGUUCGACUUUCCUGGGCUUUAGGAAUUUAAUGUGAGCUACUGCAUUGAUCUUGAAGAGUUGCCAGCAGGACUCUGUUCUUCAGUUUCCCUGAAAAAGUUGUCAGUUACUAAUUGCCAUCGCCUUGCAAAGUUACCUGAUGAGAUGGGUAGGCUUGAAUCACUUAAGCAAAUAAGAUUGUUUGAAUCACCAGGCUUGAAAGCACUGCCAUCCUCCAUCUGCAAUCUUAAAAAGCUAAAAUUCCUUGACAUCUCAUCAUGCAUAAAUUUGAAGGUGAACAGGUGGGAACGCUGUGAAUUGAAGGAAACUCUUCAAACAGUAGUGGAACUACCAUCCCUUAAACGCGUGAUUUGUGAUGAGAAUAAUGAGAAGCUGUUCAAAAGGAUGUCCAGGACUGACCUUAAAGUUCACGCUGUUGUGGAGCAAGAACCUAAUUUGGGUUGGCUGGAUUUCGAAUGGACAAAAUCAGAGUUUUGAUGUGUUGUACAUAAUUUAUGGGAUAAUAGAAUUUACUCUUUAAGUUUUCUGAUU